ACGUCGAUGCAUUGUGUGUACAAGCGUGAACGGAAUAUCUUUAUAUGAAUGGACUACAGAAGAAGACCUGAAGACCGUAAAUCAAGUAGAGAUUACCUCCAUCACGAGAGAACACCGACUCACAGGUCCACCACUGAAUCACCCAUUCCUCAAAACACUCCGGAAAUAAUACCGAGGCCUAAAUCGAGAUACUCAAACAGACGAUCCUCUCACCACUCUAGGAAGAGCUUCCAGAAUGACAGUGAUAGUGAGGAAGAUAAUAACGAGGCUGCGAUCCCCGAGUACAUCGGAGGAGGCUCAACUGAUCCAGAAAGAACAGACGAGAAUCCUGCCGAUCGUUCUAAUCUCACAGGUAAGAUCGAGGAGAGCCAUGAAACUCCACCGAAACAAAUCAAACGUAGAAAAUCGAAAAGACGAAUCCACAGCGAAGAAAAGGGUGUUUCGAAGGCUGGGGAAGGCCAUGAAGAGAACCCUGACGAGGAUAGGGAUCCUCUGAAGUCAAAGAGGGCGUCGAGGACUCAAACUGAUAGUAGCGCUAGCGCUGGUAGCAAGAGGAAGAAAAAGCGAAAGGCUCGUGGCAAAGACGAUUCCACUAAUGCCCGAGAUGAAUUACCGAUUACGGAGAUACUGAGGAAAUCCCAGGAGAAUGCCCGAUUGCAGUAUGAAGAAUCAGCGCCUCUUCCGCAGUUAACUACAGAUACGGUUUAUGUGCAAGGAAGAAAUGGCUUCAGCGCAGUCAAGAUUCCUGGAGAUCGUAUUGCCCGAGGUCGACGGGAUCCUGAUGCUGGGGGAGCUAUUACACAUCCGAUAAAAGUUGCGAUAUUGGCGCAAAAGGCCUGGCGGAACGCAGGACUAAUUUAUCAAGGUCUUCUUGCGGGAAUGGCACUUAUGCACUUUCUUUUUAUGCAAACGUUUUCUGGACUGUUUCGAGAAUCGUUUAUCGAUUAUUCGAUGAUGGGGGAGAUUUAUACGAAUCUGUUUUCAUUUCUCGUAGCUAUGAGCAUGGUCUCUGCGUUUGAUAAGUUUGAUUUAGCACGUUUGGAGUGGGACCACUUCAGAGAAAUCUAUAUGUAUCAUUGUAAAUCAUUUCUAGCGAUUCCCUUGUAUAUUACUGUCUUCUGCCUGCAUCAAGUGACUCUAAAGUUUGAUGACAAAUUAACGUUAUUGCAUUAUCAAGAGAGCAACGAAACGGGGAUGGUUGAUGGAAAUAGUACCGUAACUAUCACUUCCGGAGAAUUGAACACCUGGAAAACGAUAACCGUUACCAAGAACGGAUUAGCAGUCCUAGCUUGGCUAUUCAUAGCCCUGGGCCCCCAAAAAGACAUGCUCCUAGUUCAUCUCCAGGCUCUCCAGAAAUACGCUUACAAUUAGCUGGUA